AUGGAGUCUGAGUACUCAACUCCCAUUAGAUCUCCUGCACGUUCUAGGAGAAAGGCUCUCUCACCAAGGCCUCAGGUGAUUGACUUAGAUAUAGUUGAUGAGACAGAAAAUCAUAGCGGAACAUUGAAAGAGAAAGAUGAAAUGAUUAGAAUAUUGAAAGAUAGUAAUAAGAAUUUGCAUGAGACCAUUACGAUUACUGAGAGUGUUAGCAUUACUGAAUCCAAAAGAAGAACGAGCCAUAUUGAAACAAAAACUGGGAAAGAAGUCGAAUUAUUGGAAAGAGAAGUUUCUUUUUUAAGAAAGCGUGUGCAAGAGUUAGAAGCUGAAUGCAAUCGCGAAGUUACCAAGAACACUGAUUUGCAAAAUGAACUUUUAAAUUAUAAGAGGAAUCGCACCGAUAACGAAGGCUACUUGGAAAGCCUUUAUAAGGACGCUAAAAUUGAAAUAACUAAAUUGCAAGGAAAAAUAUUAGAACAGUCUCGUGAACAUGCUAGAUCCAUAUCUCAGUAUACUUCUCAAAUUAGUGAACUCGAAGACAAAAUCAUGAAAGCUAAUUUUGAGAAGGAAGAACUUCUCGGUAAAAUAAGUACUUUGAAAUCAGCUUUGGAAGAAACGCAAGCGUUCAAAGCUAAAUUUGAAGAUUUCUUAGAGAAAUCGGGAAAUAAGGAAGACGCUGAUAAGUCUACAGUAUUCCUGAACGAAAUAAGAACUUUAAGAACUCAUAUCAUAAAUACUCCUAAGCGUACUGUUUCAAGAUUAUCAAAUGAGACUAAAGACUUAUACGAAGAAGUUGGGUCUCUAAAAGCAACUGUCGCUUAUACUAAUGCAAAAAUGGCUGAAAUGGAGAAGAAAGAGGAACAGCUUCUGAAGGAAAUUGAUUGUUGGAAGGAUAAAGAAAAUGUUUCUAAGAGGGAGAUAGAUGAGUUAUCGAAGAAGAUUGAAGAGAUUGAAGGAAGUCAGCACAUAACUAAUAAGUAUUUGGUAGAUGAGGCUGAGAAGGUUAAGCAACAGAAAGCAGAUAUGAGACUUCAAUUGAUUCAACUGCAAAGGGAGCAUGAAACACUCAAGACUAAAUGCCAAGAGCUUGAGAAAAACGCUAUCGAUGCCAAAGCAUUGGACGCCGUUCAAAUCGAGCUAACAGAAGCAUUAACAGAGCGUAGUAGACUUGAACGUGAAAAUAACAAAUUGCUUGAUCAAAUCAAGAGUUUGGAAAGUACAACCUCAGAACUUGAACAUAAAAUCAAUCUCUUAAACGAUGAGUUAGAAAUCGCUCUGAAGCAUUCGAUUGAUACAAACGAUCUCAAAGAGGAAAACACCCGUUUGGUAUCAAGGCUAGCAAGUCUCAAGAAAAUCCUUGACGAAGUAGAUGCGCAAUGUGAGCAAUACAGGGCGAGAAAGAUUAAAGCUGAGGAUGAAACGAAAAAAACUAGAAGCGAAAUGGAAACACUUUCUUCGAAGAUUCGAGAGUUUGAAAUGUCCCUGUCUAAAAUGAAAACAAUGGAAUCCGAAUUACACCAGUUACGAGGGGAGAAGGAUCGCUUAGUUCUUAAAAACAGAAAUCUCACGGAAGAGAUAAAAGAGAUUCAUGCUGAUUAUCGUUCUGAGUUAUCUCAUCUCGCUAAGGAGAGAGAGCAACAACAGCAAUUAAAGAAUGCUGCCCCUCUCCAAUCUUCCUUCAAAUUGAACGAGCUUGAAGAUCAACUGAAGAAAAACGAGAGUUUAAUCAAGAGCACUGAAAGACGCCUUAAGGAACAAACAGAACUCAAUGAGAAGCUUCUUUCACAAGUUGACCAAAUCACAGGCAGAGAAAAGAAAAUUGCUGAAGAGAAUGCUAACUUGUUACAAGGAUUGUCUGAUGCGGUAUCCAAGAUAGAAAAAUACAAAAAAGACGCAGACGAUUUACGUGAGCUCAAUCAAUCCAUGGCACAAGAAAUUGCGGUUAUGAAAGAGAACAAUGAUACAUAUGAAGAGGAAAUUACCUCUUUAUCUGAAGCGUUAAACCAACACGAGAAUCUCACCGCUUAUCUCCAGUCUCAAGUUAAUACGAAGCAAUUACCUAAAGUCAGUCGUAGAAGUACGCUUCUCAGAACACCCAGCGAAGUAUCCAUGAAUUUCACUGAAAUUGUUGAUCCUGUCAUUGUAGAAGAUCUUGAGAUACAGAAAUCUGUGUUGCUGCUUGAGUUAGAGGAAAAACGGAAAAAGUUGACUGAGCGCAAAGAAAUGCCACCUCCUGCCGUUCCCGUACAUCAACCAACUGCUCCAUCUGCCAGUUUGAACAGCUCAGAAGAAAAGUUGAACAAAAUAGUAGAAGAGCCUGAGAGAGCCAAAAGCUUGUCCAGUAUCAUUCGCCCUCAAGGCACAAUGAGACAUGACAUCCCUCACAGAUGGAAGGAUCUUAGAAAUCUUGGCUUAUUCAGUAUCAAGUGUGCUGUUUGCUUCAUCGGAGUGUCCACUUUCGGAAAAGCGCGACGUUGUACGCACUGCAAUGUUAUCGUUCACACUCAAUGUUCUGUGAGAGUUGUUAACACAUGUGGCUUACCUGAUCAAUGCGCUAACUUUUAUCUCGAUAAUCAUACCGUUCCUAAUGGAAAACUGAACGGCUGGAUCAAACUUUUCUGUGAUGACAGUGGAUCACGUGAAUGGCAAACUGCCUGGGUGAUGAUGGAUAGAAAGAGCCUAUCUUUCUAUAAUCAUGAUAAUGUCAGCGAUCUCACUAAGCCCUUCCUCCGUAUUGAUCUUGAAAAAGAACAGUUCGUAGUACGGGCUGGAGCCGAUGUUCCCUUGCAAAUUAGAUCAGCUGAAAAAGCAUAUACAUCUGGAAUUAUUUUACUCAAAAUGAAUGGUCGCAACGUGUACAUGUUAGCACAAUCUAUUGGAACUGCUAAGAAAUGGGCUGAAGCUCUUCAAUCUGCCCAAACCAGAAGAAUGGUCCUUACUAGAAAGCCAAGUUCAUUUAGUGAGCAAUCUUGUUUACUCGUUCUAUCCGCUCCUAAUAACCUAACUAUUCAUACGACUGCGAUUCUUGAUGAUUACCUCAUCAUUGGAGCUCAAGGAGGCCUGUUCUUCACUCAAGUUUCAUCUCCUAGAGUUCCACUUCGAGUCAGUGGGCUUAACUCUGUAAUUGCGAUGGAAAUAAUUGAAGAGCUUAAUAUCAUUGCUAUGAUUGUUGGAAGUACUCGUUCUUUGGCUUUGUUGCCUAUAUCAACACUUAAGAGUCAAUUGAUGUCUAUCACACCUGCCAUUCGACCGGAUAUGAUUAAUGGUUGUGACCAUCUCCAUCUACUCAAAUAUCACGAGAAUAAUGGUCAGAGAUACUUAUGUGCAGCUGAUUCCUCCAAAAUACAACUUCUGAAAUACAAUUCAACUCGAGAUGUUUUCGUAAUUUAUCAGUCUAUAAGCACAAAUGAACCUGCCAUGUGCAUAGAAUCGAGUCCGACUGGCCUAUUCUUCGGAACUGACACUUUCUAUUCUGUUGAUUUGUCACGCAAUCCAUGUGAAGGACGAUCUCUUGUUUCCACCCAUGUGGCUGACUAUCCAAUUAACAUAUUACCUAUUUCUGAGAACGAACUUCUUCUAGCUUAUCAAAAUUAUGGAAUGUUCGUAAACACUCAAGGAACUAAAACUAGAGAAAAAUUGAUCGAAUGGGAGCAAAUGCCCAUGGAGUUCAUCUACACAGCACCUUUCCUAUACAUUGUUCAUUAUGACUCAAUAGAAAUUGUGCGUGUAGCUGAAUGGAAAGGAGCUAACUCAGCAACGAUCAUGGACGAAAGAGAAGUUUUCGAAUGCCAGAAUGCCCAUAUUAUUGGCCGACAAAGGAAUGGUGACAUUUAUAUGUCCAUUUCAAAUAAGGAGAGUACAGAGGUUCAUCGUUUCAAUGCCCGGAAUCAGAAGAAACCGACGAUGAAGCGUAAGGGAUUGUCUUUCUCUGCUUUACAUGAUAAGCGAACAAAGCUCUGA